CCAAGUCUUCACAAACUGUACAGCAUUGAAAGUGGUAGCCGGCGAAGGGUGAGAUCCCCUUGUGGGAUCUACCUCUAUGCGGACAAAGAAUGUCGAGAGGAAGGUUUGCAGUAGUAAUCCCUGCCUCAAUGGUGGCACCUGCGUCAACCUGCACAACUCCUUUUUCUGUGUCUGCCCUCCGCAGUGGGAGGGUCUUUUCUGCUCAGAUGAUGUUAACGAGUGUGUGAUUUACUCGGGAACACCCUUUGGCUGCCAGAGUGGAUCCACCUGUGUGAAUACAAUGGGGAGUUUCAGAUGUGACUGCACGCCUGAUACAUAUGGACCCCAGUGUGCAUCCAAAUACAAUGACUGUGAACAGGGCUCUAAGCAGCUCUGUGGGCAUGGUAUCUGCGAGGACUUAGAGCGAGUGCAACAUGGACAGGCACGGUUUAGCUGCAUUUGUGAGGCUGGGUGGACAACGGCACCAAAUGGCAUCGCCUGCACAGAGGACAAAGAUGAAUGCAGCCUCCAACCUUCACCUUGUGCAGACCAUGUGCAGUGUUUCAACACCCAAGGCUCUUUCUAUUGUGGGGCCUGCCCAAAAGGCUGGCAAGGAAAUGGUUAUGAAUGCCACGAUAUCAAUGAAUGUGAGGUAAACAAUGGAGGCUGCUCUGUGGCUCCGUUUGUCCCCUGUCAGAACACGCCUGGAUCUUUCGCCUGUGGGAACUGCCCACCAGGUUUCAGCGGUGAUGGAAAAGAGUGCAAACCCUUGGACAUCUGCUUGAUCAAUAAUGGAGGCUGCCACCCACAGGCACUCUGCACCUCAGCUCUUGGUAUAGGGUCUUUGCCAAUCUGCACUUGUCCUCAGGGAUAUACAGGAAAUGGUUUCGGGCCAAAUGGAUGUGUACCCUUCAGUAACAUUUGCUCAAGUCACCCGUGUGUACAUGGACAGUGCACAGACACAUUAUCUGGUUAUUUCUGUAAGUGUGACUCAGGCUGGUCUGGAACCAACUGCACAGAAAACAUUAAUGAGUGUGUGAGCAACCCCUGUUUGAAUGGAGGCACCUGUAUCGAUGGUAUCAAUGGCUUCACUUGUGACUGCACAAACUUCUGGACUGGGUAUUACUGUCAAACACCCCAGAGAGCUUGUGGAGGGAUCCUCUCAGGGACACAAGGAAGCUUUGCCUACCAGAGCCCUAAUGAUACAUAUGUUCAUGAUAUUAACUGUUUCUGGGUUGUCAGGACUGAUGAGGAAAAGAUUGUGCAUAUCACUUUCACGUUUUUUGACUUGGAAUCGUCAAGUAACUGUCCCCGAGAGUUUCUUCAGAUCCACGACGGAGACUCCUCAGCAGCUUUCCCACUCGGGAGAUACUGUGGCUCCAAGCCCCCACAGGGGGUCCACAGCAGUGGCAACGCUCUCUAUUUUCAUCUCUUCUCUGAAUACUUAAGGCGUGGGAGAGGCUUUGCAGCGAGGUGGGAGGCGAAGCAGCCCGAGUGUGGGGGCACACUGACUGGUGAUUAUGGAUCUAUUACAUCUCCGGGGUAUCCUGGAAACUACCCUCCAGGAAGAGAUUGUGUCUGGAACAUUAUAGUCAGCCCUGGAUCCUUGAUAACAUUUACCUUUGGAACCUUGAGCCUGGAGAACCACAAUGACUGCAGUAAAGAUUACUUAGAGAUUCGAGACGGGCCUUUCCAGCAAGACCCCGUUCUCGGGAAAUUCUGCACUUCUCUGUCUACCCCACCGCUCCAGACUACAGGCCCUGCUGCCAGAAUUCAUUUCCAUUCUGAUGCUGACAUUACUGACAAAGGUUUCCACAUCACCUAUCUAACCACACCCUCGGAUCUGCACUGUGGAGGAAACUACACAAGCACGGAGGGUGUGAUUCUCCUUCCUCCCCUGACUGGACCUUUCAAUCGCAACAGGCAGUGUGUAUAUCUCAUCACACAGCCCGAAGGAGAGAAAAUAGACAUCAGCUUUACCCACGUGGAGCUGGAGAGCCCGUCGGGCUGUACUCACACUUACAUCGAGGUUGGAGACCACAACAACUUACUUGGAAAUAUCUGUGGCAAUGCAGCCCUGCCACCCAUUAGAUCAUUAUCUAACAAAGUAUGGAUCAGGCUGAGAAUAGAUGCUUUAACCCAGAGGGCAAGUUUCAGAGCUGACUAUCAAGUUGCUUGUGGGGGUGAAUUAACAGGAGAAGGAGUCAUUCGCUCACCUUUUCAUCCUAAUGCAUAUCCUGGACAAAGAACCUGUAGGUGGACCAUCUCCCAACCCUCAAAACAAAUUGUUCUCCUCAACUUCACCGACUUCCAGAUUUUAAAUUCCCCCUGCGAUACUGAUUACAUUGAGGUUGGUGGCAGUUCUGUCUUAGGAUCUCCUGGAAAUGAAAAGUUUUGUGGCACAAACAUACCAUCCUUGUAUACAUCUCUGUAUAAUGUUCUCUAUGUCACAUUUGUGAAAAGUUCUUCUAUGGAAAAUCGUGGCUUCACGGCUAAGUACAGUACUGAGAAUUUAGAAUGUGGAGAAGUUUUCACAGCAGCAAUGGGAACCAUUGAAAGUCCUGGUUACCCAAAUAUCUACCCAAGUGGUGUAAAUUGUACUUGGCAUAUAGUAGUCCAGCAAGGCCAACUGAUUCAUUUGACGUUCGAUUCAUUUUAUCUGGAGUUUCAUUACAACUGCACAAAUGACUACCUGGAAGUUUAUGACACUGUUGCUCAGAUAUCUCUUGGGAGAUAUUGUGGAAAAUCCAUCCCACCUUCUCUUACUAGCAGUUCCCAUUCAAUAAAGUUGAUGUUUGUGUCCGACUCUGCCCUUUCACACGAAGGAUUUUUAAUCACAUAUGAAGCAUUUGACGCAUCAUCAGUGUGCUUAUAUGACUAUACAGAUAAUUCUGGGACACUCACCUCCCCGAACUUCCCUGAACGUUACACCAAUAACCUGAAUUGCGUCUACAGGAUCACAGUGGGAUUCAACCGACAGAUUGCAUUGAAUUUUACAAACUUCGCCUUGGAGAACAAAUUGGGGAAAAAUUGUAUCGAUUUUGUGGAGAUCAGAGAUGGAGGCUAUGAAACUUCACCGCUCCUUGGAAGUUACUGUGGCUCAGUUUUGCCUCCUCUAAUCAUCUCUCACAGUAACAAGCUAUGGAUAAAGUUUCAGACUGACAGCUCAAUCACAGACUUGGGUUUCUCAGCUUCCUGGGUUGGAUCGUCAACGGGCUGUGGAGGCAAUCUCACCACCUCCACAGGGCUGUUCACAUCUCCCAACUACCCGAUGCCCUACUACCACAGCUCUGAGUGCUACUGGCUGCUGGAAGCCAGCCACGGCAGCCCUUUCCUGCUGGAAUUCCAAGACUUUCAUCUGGAGCAUCACCCCAACUGCACUCUGGAUUACUUGGCCGUUUACGAUGGCCCAAGUACCAGUUCCCAUCUGAUAAGUAAACUCUGUGGAGACACCACACCAGCUCCCAUCCGUUCCAACAGGGACAGCAUAUUGCUGAAGCUGAGGACAGAUGAAGGGCAGCAAGGACGUGGCUUUGAAGUAAAAUACUCGCAGACAUGUGACAAUGUAGUAAUAGUGAAUAAAACCUAUGGCAUCUUGGAGAGCAUAAAUCAUCCAAAUCCCUAUGACCUUAAUCAGCGUUGUAACUGGACCAUCCAAGCAACAACAGGCAACACUGUGAACUACACAUUUCUGGAAUUUGAUGUAGAAGAGCAUGUAAACUGCUCCCUGGAUUAUUUAGAGCUCUAUGAUGGACCACAAAAGAUAGGACGCUACUGUGGAGAAGGUAUCCCCCCAUCAGGAGCCACCACAGGCUCUAAGCUUCAUGUACUGUUCUAUACAGAUGGCCUUCCUUCACCGAAUGAAGGAUUUAAGAUGCAGUGGUUCGUUCAUGGCUGUGGUGGGGAGGUGUCUGGAGUCACAGGCUCCUUCAGCAGCCCUGGGUACCCUAACAGCUAUCCUCCCGACAAGGAGUGUAUCUGGAACAUUCGUGUGGCCCCAGGGAAUAUCAUUCAGCUCACCAUCCAUGAUUUUAAUGUGGAAUAUCACCCAGACUGCAACUAUGAUGCCCUGGAGAUCUAUACAGGCCUUGAUAUUCACUCUCCAAGGAUAGCCCAGCUGUGUUCCCGAACACCAUCAGCAAGCCCCAUGCGGCUCUCCAGCACUGACAAUGAGCUAGCCGUCCGAUUUAAGACUGACAGCAAUUUAAAUGGAAGAGGUUUCAAUGCUUCAUGGCGAGCAGUCCCUGGAGGUUGUGGUGGGAUUUUCCAGGUUCCUAGAGGGGAGAUUCACUCUCCAAAUUACCCCAAUGGCUACAGAGCUAAUACUGAGUGUUCUUGGGUCAUUCAAGUUGAAAAACAUCACCGUGUGCUCUUAAACAUCACUGACUUCGACCUUGAAGCCGCAGAUUCCUGUAUUAUGACAUAUGAUGGCUCAAGUUCUGUAAAUACCCGUGUCGCCAAUGUGUGUGGAAGACAGAAGCCACCUAACUCCAUCACCUCCUCAGGAAACAGCCUCUUUGUGAGAUUCCAGUCUGGCUCUUCCAGACAGAGCAGGGGCUUCCGAGCUCAAUUCAGACAAGAAUGUGGAGGCCACAUCAUCACCGACUCUUCUGAUACUAUUUCCUCUCCAUUGUUCCCUGAUAAAUAUCCAAACAAUCAAAACUGUACCUGGAUAAUUGAAGCUCAACCUCCAUUCAAUCAUAUUGCCCUCUCCUUUAGCCACUUUCAUCUUCAAGACAGUACAGAUUGUACACAGGACUUUUUAGAAAUUUUGGAUGGCAAAGACUAUGAUGCACCUGUCCAAGGCCGUUACUGUGGCGCCUCCUUGCCCGGUCACAUCAUAUCCUUUGGCAAUGCCCUGACACUGAGGUUUGUGUCUGAUUCUUUUGCCACGUUUCAGGGUUUCCAUGCCUUCUAUUCUGCAUCAACAUCAGUUUGCGGUGGAACCUUGAACAUAGCUCAUGGAAUCUUCAACAGCCCUGACUACCCAGCGGAGUACCAUCCUAAUGUGGAAUGUGUCUGGAACAUUGUCAGCUCUCCUGGAAACCAGCUACAGCUGUCCUUUCUAUCCUUCCAGUUGGAGAACUCUCGAAACUGUAACAAGGAUUUUGUGGAAAUCCGAGAAGGAAACGCCACAGGCCGCUUGGUGGGACGAUACUGUGGAAACUCUCUCCCUGGCAAUUACUCAUCCAUCAAGGGACAUACUCUGUGGAUCAGAUUUGUCUCUGAUGGCUCAGGCAAUGGCAUGGGCUUCCAGGCCAGGUUCAAUCAGAUAUUUGGCAAUGAUAAUAUUGUGGGAAGUCAUGGGAAAAUCGCAUCUCCCUUAUGGCCUGGAAGUUACCCCGAUAACUCCAAUUACAUAUGGACAGUAAAUGUAAAUGCAUCUCAAAUUAUCCAGGCUAGAAUUUUGAAGAUAGACAUGGAAUUAACAUCCGACUGCAAUUUUGACAAAUUAAAGAUUUAUGAUGGGCGCGACAUCCAUUCCCGCCUGAUCGGCACUUACUGCAGUAACCAGUUGUUGGAAUAUAUUAGUUCCAGUAGAAACUCUAUGACAUUCCAGUUUUCUUCUGACUCUACCAUCUCAGGGAAGGGAUUCCUUCUGGAGUGGUUUGCAGUAGAUGCUUCUCCUGCAGUUAUUCCUACCAUUGCUACAGGUUCUUGUGGAGGAUAUAUGAUGACAGGGGAUACUCCUGUCCUUUUGUUCUCCCCGGGCUGGCCUGGGCAGUAUGAUAAUCGUGUUGACUGUACAUGGAUCAUCUAUGCUCCUGGUUCUACUGUGGAACUCAACAUUAUCUCCAUGGACAUCGAAUCUCAGCUAAUGUGUGACUAUGACAGACUCAUCAUAAGAGAUGGAGAAACUAACGUAUCCCCAAUCCUGGCUGUCCUGUGUGGCAGAGACAUUCCCGGGCCCAUCCGGUCAACUGGAGAGUACAUGUAUAUCCGCUUCACCUCAGAUGGCAGCAUCACUGGAGCAGGCUUCAAUGCCUCCUUUCACAAAAGCUGUGGCGGAUAUUUGCAUGCAGACAGAGGGAUUAUCACAUCCCCCAAGUACCCAGACACCUACAUUCCCAAUCUCAACUGCUCCUGGCAUGUUCUGGUCCAGAGUGGUCUGACCAUCGCUGUCCAUUUUGAGCAACCUUUCCAGAUUCAAAAUAGAGACUCUUCUUGCAGCCAGGGGGAUUACUUGGUGCUAAGAAAUGGACCAGAUAUCCAUUCUCCACCCUUGGGACCCUCUGGAGGAAAUGGUCGUUUCUGUGGAAUUUAUACUCCAUCAACUCUGUUCACCUCAGACAAUGAAAUGUUUGUUCAGUUCAUUUCUGAUAAUAGUAAUGGUGGUCAAGGAUUUAAGAUCAGAUAUGAGGCAAAGAGUUUAGCCUGUGGGGGCAACAUCUACAUCCAUGGUGCUGAUUCUGAUGGACACGUGACCUCUCCGAACUAUCCUGCUAAUUAUCCCCAGCAUGCUGAAUGCAUUUGGAUCUUAGAGGCACCUUCUGGGCAAAGUAUACAGCUCCAGUUUGAAGAUCAAUUCAAUAUUGAAGAAACACCCAACUGUUCUUCGAGCUACCUUGAAUUGCGUGAUGGAGCUGACUCAAAUGCUCCUGUGCUUUCCAAAUUGUGUGGGCACUCCUUGCCUAGUAUCUGGGUAUCCUCAAGAGAACUUAUGUACCUGAAAUUCCACACUGACAGUGGUUCCAGCUACAUGGGAUUCAAAGCCAAGUACUCCAUAGCCUCCUGUGGAGGAACAGUCUCAGGGGAAAAUGGAGUCAUUGAGAGCAUUGGAUACCCAACCCUUCCCUAUUCAAACAAUGUGUUUUGUGAGUGGCAUCUCCGGGGCCUCCCAGGACACUAUCUUACCAUCCGUUUUGAAGAUUUUAAUCUUCAGAGAUCCCCUGGUUGUGCAAAAGACUUUGUGGAGAUCUGGGAAAACCAUACCUUUGGCAAUCUUUUGGGCAGAUAUUGUGGAAACUCCAUUCCUGGCAGUGUCGACACUUCUAGCAAUGUUGCUUCAGUCAGGUUUGUCACAGAUGACUCUGUCACUGCCUCGGGAUUUAGACUGCAGUUUGAGUCCAGCAGAGAAGAGUGUGGUGGGAAUUUACGUGGCACUACUGGAACAUUUACCUCUCCCCACUACCCAAACCCAAAUCUUCAUGCCUGGAUCUGCGAGUGGACAAUCACUGUACCAGAAAACAGGAGGGUUAUCCUAACCUUUACCAACUUGAGGCUGGCCAACCAUCCAUCCUGCGACAAUGAGCACCUCAUAGUAUUCAAUGGCAUUAGAAGUAACUCACCACAACUACAGAAACUGUGCAGUCGUGUGAAUGUAACCAGCGAGUUCAGAUCUACUGGAAACACAAUGAAGGUCUUAUUUUUCACCGAUGGAUCCCGGCCGUAUGGAGGCUUCUCUGCUUCCUAUACCUCCACUGAAGAUGCAGUGUGUGGUGGAUCUCUUCCAAGUAUCUCUGGUAGAAACUUCACUUCUCCUGGCUAUAAUGGAAUCCGUGACUAUGCAAAGAACCUAGACUGUGAAUGGACUCUCAGUAAUCCAAAUCGGGAAAAUUCAUCCAUUGUUAUCCAUUUUGUAACAUUUUCCCUUGAACAUCAUCAAGACUGUGCACUUGAUGUCCUUGAGUUUCGAGUGGGUGAUGCUGAUGGGCCUCUGAUAGAGAAGUUUUGCAGCUUGUCAGCACCAGCAGUACCCUUGGUUAUCCCCUACUCUCAGGUGUGGAUACAUUUUGUCACCAAUGAGCAUGUAGAAUAUACUGGAUUCAAUAUAGAAUACUCCUUUACAGAUUGUGGUGGAAUACAGACAGGAGAGAGUGGAGUGAUAUCAAGUCCUAACUAUCCUAAUGUUUAUGCUAGAUGGACCCAGUGUUCAUGGCUGUUGGAAGCCCCAGAAGGACACAUCAUCACUCUCACAUUUAAUGACUUUCAUCUUGAGGACGAUCCAACUUGCUCUGCAGACGCGGUUACUGUCAGGAAUGGUGGUUACCCUGAAUCACCCGUCAUAGGACGGUACUGUGGAUGGUCAGUCCCUGGGCCAGUACAGUCUGGUUCCAACAAGCUUGUGGUGACUUUCACCACAAACCGUCUGGGGCAAAGUCGUGGAUUUUAUGCUACAUGGAGCACAAGUACUUUAGGUUGUGGUGGAACAUUCCAUUCAGAUAAUGGUACAAUCAAAUCUCCUCAUUGGCCUCAGCCAUUCCCCAUGAACAGCAGAUGCUCCUGGACAGCCAUUACGCAUGAGAGUAAACACUGGGAAAUUAGCUUUGACGGCAAUUUCCGAAUCCCCAGCAGUGACAGCCAGUGUGGGAACAGCUUUGUGAAGGUCUGGGGAGGAACCUUGAAGACCAAUGAUACUCUGUUAGCCACAAGCUGUGGGGAUGUGGCUCCUAGUCCCAUUGUCACAACAGGAAACGUAUUCACUGCUGUCUUCCAGUCUGAGGAGAUGCCAGGCCAGGGCUUCUCUGCAUCCUUUGUAAGCCGAUGUGGACGUAGGUUCACUGGCUCCACAGGUGACAUCAUUUCUCCAAACUUUCCAAAGCCAUAUGACAACAACAUGAACUGCACCUACUUCAUCGAUGUUGAACCUCAGUCUCUGGUCAUCCUGACCUUUGUGUCCUUCCGUUUGGAAGAUCGCUCAGCCAUCACUGGAAACUGUGAUCAUGAUGGUUUGCACAUCAUCAAAGGUCACAACCUGUCUUCCACUCCUCUUGCGACCAUAUGUGGUUCUGAAGCCUUACAUCCUCUCACUGUGAAUGGCCCAGUGUUGCUUAACUUCUAUUCUAACGCAUAUGCCACAGACUUUGGAUUCAAGAUUUCCUACAGAGUCACCACCUGUGGUGGAAUCUACAAUAAAUCCACUGGGCUCAUUAGGAGUCCUUCAGACUCAUCCACCAGCUACCCCAACAAUGUCUACUGUGUCUACAGCAUCUCUGUAAGAAGCAACAGAGUGAUUCUGCUUAGGUUCAGUAAUUUCGACGUGGCUCCCUCCUCCCUUUGCAACAAUGACCACCUGAAAGUUUUCGAUGGUCCUAGCAUCGGAAGUCGGCCUCUUGGAACUUUCUGUGGUUCCAGUAUUCCACAAAAUCUUAAGAGCACCAAUAACAGCUUGACCCUGCUGUUCAAGACAGAUUCUUCUCAAACCGCAAGAGGUUGGGAAUUACAUUUCUGGGAGACAUUAGGACCACAGAAUGGAUGUGGUGGAUACCUGACAGAUGACAACAAUUCCUUUGUCUCUCCUGAUUCUGACUCAAAUGGAUUCUAUGACAAAGGUCUGAACUGCAUAUGGUACAUAAUUGCACCUGAAAACAAACUCAUCAACCUCACCUUCACUAAGUUUGCUCUGGAGGCAGCAUCAGGAUGGGGAAGCUGCAACUACGAUUAUGUGAAGAUAGCAGAUGGCAUGAGCAUAACCUCAAAUUUAGGUGGAAUUUUUUGCGGUUCCCAAAUACCUGCCCCUUUUAUCUCUUCGAGAAACUUCCUUACGUUCCAGUUUGUCUCUGAUGUAACUUUUGAAAAAGGAGGAUUUAAUGCAACAUAUACCUUUGUGGACAUGCUUUGUGGGGGAACACAUGUUGCAACUUUGGCCCCACAAAACGCUUCAUCACCUCAUUUGUCAAACAUCAGGCGUCCAUUUUCCACCUGUACUUGGACCAUUGAGGCUCCUCCCCACAAGCAGAUCAAGAUAACUGUGUGGGAAUUACAGCUGACCUCACAAGACUGCUCACAGAACUACUUAGAACUUCAAGAUUCACCACAGAGAAACGGCCCAGUGACUCAGUUCUGCGGUGCCAACUUUACAGCCUUGCCGGCCUUUUAUUCUUCAACGAGGACUGCAGUUGUUGUUUUCAAAUCUGAAGUUUUAAACACAAACUCGCGAGUGCAUUUCACCUAUCAGAUUGCAGAUUGCAACAGAGAAUACAACCAAGGAUAUGGCAAUCUGAAGAGUCCUGGGUGGCCUCAAGAUUAUGAUAAUAACCUGGACUGCAUCAUUAUUCUCAGAGCCCCAGAGAACCACACUAUUUCCCUCUUUUUCUAUUGGUUUGAGCUGGAAGACUCAGUACAAUGUCAGCAUGAUUUCUUGGAGGUAAGAAAUGGCAGCACCAGCAGUUCACCGCUGCUUAACAAGUACUGUGGGAAACUACUGCCAAGCCCCAUCUUCUCUCCGAGCAAUGAACUGUAUCUGAGGUUCAAGACCGAUGUCUCAGUCACCUUCCCUGGAUAUGACAUUAUCUGGACCUCCUCUCCUUCUGGCUGUGGAGGGACUCUUUUCGGUGACGAUGGUAUCUUCUCCAGCCCUGGUUAUCCUGGCAGCUACUCAAACAACACUCACUGUGAAUGGGCCAUCUUCGCUCCUUCUGGAAGACGAGUCACGGUCAGGUUUCCUUUUGUCAGUAUUAACCCUCCAGGAGACUGUGCCCACAACUACCUCAUUGUCUACGAUGGGCCAGAUGCCAGCUCACCAUCCUUCGGACCAUACUGUGGAACAGACCUUAGGCUAGCUCCCUUCACAGCUUCAUCAAAUCAAGUCUUCAUAAGAUUUCAUGCUGAGUAUACAACACAGCCGUCCGGGUUCGAGAUAUUGUGGGACAGCUGAAUCAGGAGAGACAAAUCGUCAGAUGCCACCCUGCCCAGAACUCUGCCUUCCUCAUCCCCAUCUCUGCCUGAGCCACCAAACAUGAACUGAACUCCUAUGAACUUUACCAGAGACAGUGUGGAACCAAUUUUGUAUACUUGGUGUCCUGAAUACAGAGUAUAACUUUGUUUGACUGAGCUGUACACACCAUUUUAACUGGAUGCCCCAUUUAGUUGACAACUUUUAAGAAGUUCUUUAAAGGAUGGACAUUACCACGGGGCAUAUUGAUAUACAUUUUACAAAGCUUUUGAUACAAAUACAUGCAUUGUUUUCACUACAAAAGCCAAAGUCAAGGUAGUAAAUGUUACUGAAAAUGA